AUGGAAGAACCACACCAUCGACCUGUGUCCGGACUCGAUCUUCGGCACAUCCUAUAUGACGAGCGCUGGGAGCACCUCAAACCCAUCAUCGUGGAGGCUUACCUUGGCAACAGCGGCUCUGGUAAACCCUUGACAAUCCCGAAGCUCGCAGAGUUUAUGGAGAAGAACCACGGGUUCAGUGCAGAGGUCCAUCAAUACCGACAUCGCCUGCGCAAGUGGGACAUACGAAAACGAACCACCACGCAAGAGAAGGACGAUAUUGUGGCUGUUGUUGGCAAACGCAGCCGCCCCGGUGCGAGUACUUCCACUGUGACCAUUCACCAAGGAGGUAUGACGAAGGAAGUAGACAAGAAGCAGCUGAAGAGGUUCCUGAAUGACAAGAUUCGUCACCAAUUGGUCGAGACGCUUUCGCCGGGGACGUUCUCACACUGGAAUCUCCCUUACGACGCAUACAUAGCCUCCAUCACGAGACAGGCGGACCAGCCGUCGCCCUUUGGUCCAAUAACAACCACUCCUCGUUACCUGAAUGUCGGCAGCCCCGAAGCAACCACACCAGACCUCGAGUAUGAAAUUGAAGAUUCUCCACCUAUCGAGACGCAAGCCAAAUUCGAACUGCAUGAUGAAUCUUCAUGGACCCCUUGGCCAGCCGCCGAAACACAGAAUCGCACUCUACAAAGCGCCAUGGAGGAGUCUUUCGCGCGGAGUCAGUUCAGUGCAACAUCGGUUGACGAACUACCGAUGUCCAACCAGCUCAUCGCUCAGGCCGUCUCCAAGUCCCCUGAAAAGCUCGCGUUAGACUCUUGUGCCUUUGCCAUUAUGUCGGGCAAUCUGGAGUCUGUCUCCAACUUGUUGGACUCGGGCCGUGGAAUUGACAUCGGAGCUAUCCACCCUUACCAUCUGGCAGCCUCUUUCUUGGAUGGCGGUCAUACCUGUUGCAUGAUAAUGAACGCUCUCAUCAUUCAACUUCAUGACAACCAUCCCAUUGCGCUUAACAACAUCGAUUCUGAUGGACAUACCGUCCUUGAUAGCCUCAUGAUCUCAAUUCUUCGGUCACACACGAACCUGGCCCCCUUCGAGGUUAGCACACGCUUCAAUUAUCGCACGAGAUUCCCCGGGGAAGAGAAGGACAUCUGCGGCAGGUGGGAUGCCGACUCACCGGAAGUGCGGCUAUUGCACAAAGAAGGACACGCUCGUAUUCCUCAGCAAUGGAAACACAACUUCUGCCACAGCAUGGCCUCUUUCGACGUCGUUGCGCCGAUUGUGGUCUUGAGAUGA